AUGACAGUCCAGCCUCUAAUCGCUAAGAAGAACCCCAAGAUCCCCAUGUCCAAGAUGAUGACCGUGCUGGGGGCCAAGUGGCGCGAGUUCAGCGCCAACAACCCCUUCAAAGGGUCCUCGGCCAACGCCGUGGCCGCCGCCGUGGCCGCCGCCGUGGAAACGGUUACCGUGACGCAGCCCGUCUCCAUCAGCAGCAGCAGCGGCAGCCAGCCAGGGUCCGGCCUGGGGCUGCUGAAGAAGGCCAAGACCAAGGAGGGGAAGGGACCGGGGGUCAGGAAGAAGAGCAGGAGCUCCAAGGAGGUGAAGAGGAAGGCCAAGCCCAAGAAGACCAAGUCCAAGUCUGGGGGCAGGAAGAAGAGGGCCUCUUCUAGUGAGGAUGACUUCCUGGAUGAGUCGGACUUUGAUGACAUCAGCGUCCACAGCGCCACGGUGCUGUCAGACACCGUGGCAACCGCCGCCGCCGCCGCCAAGAAGAAGGCUCGCCGAGGGAGGAAGAAGAGGAAAAGGGAGGACGGGGACGGCUACGAGACGGACCACCAGGACUACUGCGAGGUGUGCCAGCAGGGCGGCGAGAUCAUCCUGUGUGACACCUGCCCCCGGGCGUACCACCUGGUGUGUCUGGAGCCCGAGCUGGAGAAGGCCCCGGAGGGCAAGUGGAGCUGCCCCCACUGCGAGAAGGAGGGCAUCCAGUGGGAGGCCAAGAUGGACGAGGAGGAGGAGGAGGAGGAGGAGGAGGUGGUGAUCGAGGAGGAGGACGACCACAUGGAGUUCUGCCGCGUGUGUAAGGACGGCGGGGAGCUGCUGUGCUGCGACACCUGUCCGUCAUCCUACCACAUCCACUGCCUGAACCCGCCCCUCCCCGAGAUCCCCAACGGGGAGUGGCUGUGUCCGCGCUGCAUGUGCCCGCCGCUGAAGGGGAAGGUCCAGAAGAUCCUCCACUGGACCUGGGGGGAGCCCCCGCUGCCAGCCCAGCCCCCCCCCGGCCCCGACGGCGCGCCCACCGACCCGCUGCUCAAGCCCCCGCUGAAGGGCCACCCCGAGAGGGAGUUCUUCGUCAAGUGGGGGGCCCUGUCCUACUGGCACUGCUCCUGGAUCAGCGAGCUGCAGCUGGAGCUCUACCACACCGUCAUGUACCGCAACUACCAGCGCAAGAACGACAUGGACGAGCCCCCGCCCUUCGACUACGGCUCUGGGGAGGAGGAGCUUAACAACGAGAAGAGGAAGAGCAAGGACCCCCAAUACGCCAUGAUGGAAGAGCGCUUCUACCGCUACGGCAUCAAGCCUGAGUGGCUGAUCAUCCACCGCGUGGUCAACCACAGCUUCGACAAGGACAGUGACGUGCACUACCUGACCAAGUGGAGGGACCUGGCGUACGACCAGAGCACCUGGGAGAGGGACGACUUCGACGUCCCGGACUACGACCCGCAGAAGGCCCUCUACUGGGACCACAGAGAGCAGAUACUCGGGGAGGACCAGCGCCCCCUGCUGGUCAAGAGGGGGAAGAAGUUAAAGGAAGACCAUCCCAAGAGGGAAAUCCCCCCUGACGCUCCCAUCAUCGAUCCCACCAUAAAGUUUGAGCACCAGCCGUGGUACAUCAACGCCACGGGGGGCACGCUGCACCCCUACCAGCUGGAGGGGCUGAACUGGCUGCGGUUCUCCUGGGCCCAGGGCACCGACACCAUCCUGGCCGACGAGAUGGGCCUGGGCAAGACGGUCCAGACCAUCGUGUUCCUGUACUCGCUCUACAAGGAGGGCCACUCCAAGGGCCCCUUCCUGGUGAGCGCCCCCCUCUCCACCAUCAUCAACUGGGAGCGGGAGUUUGAGCUGUGGGCGCCCGACUUCUACGUGGUGACGUACACGGGGGACAAGGACAGCCGCGCUGUCAUCAGGGAGAACGAGUUCACCUUCGAGGACAGCGCCGUCAAGACCGGCCGCAAGGUGUUCCGCAUGAAGAAAGACACGCCCAUCAAGUUCCACGUGCUGCUCACCUCGUACGAGCUGAUCACCAUCGACCAGGCGGUUCUGGGCUCCAUUAACUGGGCCUGCCUGGUGGUGGACGAGGCCCACCGCCUCAAGAACAACCAGUCCAAGUUCUUCAGGAUACUCAACGGCUACAAGAUCUACUACAAGCUGCUGCUGACCGGAACGCCCCUUCAGAACAAUCUGGAAGAACUCUUUCACCUUCUCAACUUCCUCACGCCAGAGCGCUUUAACAACCUGGACGGCUUCCUGGAGGAGUUUGCGGACAUCUCCAAGGAGGACCAGAUCAAGAAGCUCCACGACCUGCUGGGGCCCCACAUGCUGCGCCGGCUGAAGGCCGACGUCUUCAAGAACAUGCCCUCCAAGACGGAGCUCAUCGUCAGGGUGGAGCUCAGCCCCAUGCAGAAGAAGUACUAUAAGUUCAUCCUGACGCGGAACUUUGAGGCACUGAACUCCAAGGGCGGAGGGAACCAGGUGUCGCUGCUCAACAUCAUGAUGGACCUGAAGAAGUGCUGCAACCACCCCUACUUGUUCCCCGUGGCGUCCAUGGAAGCGCCGGUGACGGCCAGCGGCUCGUACGACGGGAACCAGCUGGUGAAGUCCUCGGGGAAGCUGACGCUCAUGCAGAAGAUGAUGAGGAAGCUGAAGGACCAGGGACACCGUGUCCUCAUCUUCUCCCAGAUGACCAAGAUGCUGGACCUGCUGGAGGACUUCCUGGAGUACGAGGGCUACAAGUACGAGAGGAUCGACGGGGGCAUCACUGGGGGGCUACGGCAGGAGGCCAUCGACCGCUUCAACGCGCCGGGUGCUCAGCAGUUCUGCUUCCUGCUGUCCACGCGUGCGGGCGGCCUGGGAAUCAACCUGGCAACCGCCGACACCGUCAUCAUCUACGACUCUGACUGGAACCCCCACAACGACAUACAGGCGUUCAGCCGGGCCCACCGCAUCGGGCAGAACAGGAAGGUGAUGAUCUACCGCUUCGUGACGCGGGCCAGCGUUGAGGAGCGCAUCACGGAGGUGGCCAAGAGGAAGAUGAUGCUGACCCACCUGGUGGUGCGGCCUGGCCUGGGCUCCAAGACGGGCUCCAUGUCCAAGCAGGAGCUGGACGACAUCCUCAAGUUCGGCACCGAGGAGCUCUUCAAGGACGAGAUGGAGGCGGCGCGUGCCAUGGGCAUGAUCAAAGGGGAGAUGAAGGAGUGCGACGAGGGCAGUGUGAUCCACUACGACGACAACGCCAUCUCGAAGCUGCUGGACCGCAGCCAAGACAACACGGAGGACACGGAGAUCCAGAACAUGAACGAGUACCUGAGCUCCUUCAAGGUGGCCAAGUACGUUGUGAAGGAGGAGGACGGAGAGGAGGAGCCUCAGAGGGAGAUCAUCAAGCAGGAGGAGAACGUGGACCCGGACUACUGGGAGAAGCUGCUGCGCCACCACUACGAGCAGCAGCAGGAGGACCUGGCCCGCAACCUGGGCAAGGGCAAGAGGAUCCGCAAGCAGGUCAACUACAACGACGCCACGCAGGAGGACCAAGAGUGGCAGGAUGAUCUUUCAGACAAUCAAUCCGAGUACUCCGUGGGGUCCGAAGACGAGGACGAAGACUUCGAGGAGAGACCUGAAGGCGGACGCCGCCACUCCCGCCGCCAGCUGAGAGGGGAGAAGGACAAGCCCCUGCCGCCCCUGCUGGCCCGCGUGGGGGGCAGCAUCGAGGUGCUGGGGUUCAACGCCCGGCAGAGGAAGGCCUUCCUGAACGCCAUCAUGCGCUGGGGCAUGCCCCCCCAAGACGCCUUCAACUCCCACUGGCUGGUGCGCGACCUGCGGGGCAAGAGCGAGCGGGAGUUCAGGGCGUACGUCUCUCUGUUCAUGAGACACCUCUGUGAGCCGGGGGCCGACGGGGCCGAAACCUUCGCCGACGGGGUCCCGCGCGAGGGCCUGUCCCGCCAGCACGUCCUCACGCGCAUCGGGGUCAUGUCGCUGGUCCGGAAGAAGGUCCAGGAGUUUGAGCACGUCAACGGUAAGCUGAGCUCCCCGGACCUCAUCCCCAUCGGGAUGGAGCUGAAGAAGCUGACCGAGAGCCUGUCGUCAGACCCCAACACGCCGGUGGCAGCCAGUCCCGCCGCCACGCAGCCUGGGACCCCCGUCCCCGCAGAAAAACUCGAGUCUCUGUCUGGCUCCACUGAGGAGAAGGAAUCCCCGGAGCCAGACAGCAAGAAACACCAUGAACAGGAAGCCAGUGUUGCGGGAGAGCCCGCCCCCACCCCAGAGAAGCCCCCCGACAGCCCGGAGCCCAAGGGGGGGGGCGGAGAGGGGGCCGGACCCGAGGAGAGGGAGAGGGCCGGGUCGCCCGCCCCCACCAAGGGAGAGUCGUCCAGCAGCCAAUCAAAAGAGCCGACGGCCAAGGCCUCAGACCCGCCCUCCAAUGAGAGCGCAGCUAGAGUGGACCCCUGUCAGGAAACGCCAGAGAAGUCCUCAGAGAAGGGAGAGAGUGAACCCGUAUCCAAGACCGACGAUAAGGAACACAAGCCAGCCGCUGCGGACGAGGUGAAGAGCGAGGAGGUGGUGUCCGAGGGACGGCUGAAUGGAGAGAAGGACCCCCCCGAGGAGACAGAGGAGAGGAAGGAGGACAGGAACGGCUUCAAGACCAGAUUCAUGUUCAACAUCGCCGACGGAGGCUUCACGGAACUCCACACUCUGUGGCAGACCGAGGAGCGAGCCGCCCUGUCCUCCGGAAAGAUCUACGACAUCUGGCACCGUCGCCAUGACUACUGGCUGCUGGCUGGCAUCGUCAC